GCGCAGAGGAAAACGUUGCGCAGGUUCAAAAAUGGAACGUCGGCGGCGUGAGGGAGCGCGAGGGGGUGUGCGCGCGUGCGCGUGCGCGUGCGCGCCCGGGCGAGGGUGACGGGGUCCCCGCCGGCCCGAGCAUCGCGCGCCUCAGCCGCGGCACCGCAGCUCCGCCCCCGGCCCGGCCCGGCCCGGCCCCGGGCCCGCUCGCCCGCCGCCCCGCAUGGAGCUGUCAGCCAUCGGCGAGCAGGUGUUCGCGGUGGAGAGCAUCCGGAAGAAGCGCGUGCGGAAGGGUAAAGUCGAAUAUCUCGUGAAGUGGAAAGGAUGGCCUCCAAAAUACAGCACGUGGGAGCCGGAAGAGCACAUCCUGGACCCCCGCCUGGUCAUGGCCUAUGAGGAGAAGGAGGAGCGAGACCGAGCGUCGGGGUAUAGGAAGAGAGGUCCGAAACCCAAGCGGCUUCUGCUGCAGCGGCUGUACAGCAUGGACCUGCGGAGCUCCCACAAGGCCAAGGGCAAGGAGAAGCUCUGCUUCUCCCUGACGUGCCCGCUCGGCAGCGGGAGCCCUGAGGGGGUGGUCAAGGCAGGGGCGCCCGAGCUGGUGGACAAGGGCCCCUUGGUGCCCGCCCUGCCCUUCCCGCUCCGCAAGCCGCGCAAGGCCCACAAGCACCUGCGGCUCUCGCGCAAGAAGUUCCCGCCCCGCGGGCCUGACCUGGACAGUCACAGCCAUCCACGGGAGCUCUUCCUGCAGGAGCCGGCGGCCCCGGACGUCCUGCAGGCGGCCAGCGAGUGGGAGCCUGCUGAGCAGCCCCCCGAGGAGGAGGAUGGAGACCUGGCCGAGGGCCCCCCUCCUUGGACUCCUGUGCUCCCCCCAAGUGAAGUGACAGUGACCGAUAUCACCGCCAACUCCGUCACGGUCACCUUCCGCGAGGCCCAGGCGGCUGAGGGUUUCUUCCGGGACCGCGGCGGGAAGUUCUGAGUCAUCAUUUUUACUCUUCCUAAACUGUUUGCUUUUGGGCUUGGGGUGGGGACUUCCAGAGAUGGGGAGGGGUUGGGGACAGGGUAAUUAUUUUAUUUAAAAAAUAUGGAACAGGAGCAGGGGGCAAGAUCCCGACACUUUCCCGCCACUUUCCGCCACCUCGCCCCCUUUCUCUGCGCCUGACAUUUACAGAAAGGCUCAGUGGUCUGCUCUGGGGGCUGGCUGAGGCGGCCUGGCAUUGCCCUGCCAGUCAGGGGGUCCUCUCCGGGCCAGGCUGGAGACCGGGCCACCUGUUCUUGGAUGCAUCCCUCACCGUUCUCUAGAGACGCAGCAGCUGGUCCCAGGAACCAAAGGAGAAUGGGAGGGCCCAAACCCUCUCCCUUGAGCCCCCCACUCCUGCCUUUCUGGGUGGCUUCCCUUUUCCUUUUUGGGGGUGGGGGGAGUCCUUGUUUUUAACUUUCCACUCCAGCUUUGUGGUGGGACAUGGAGGCUGGCUUUGACCAACUAUGACCCAGUCAAGACGAGGGGCAGGAGGAGGCCUUUGAGGUUGUGGGGUGCAUCCCAUGCCCUUCCCUGGGGUGGCUGCCAGCUGGGCCCCUUCUCCCUGGGAGCCCCCCCACAUCACCUGGCCUGUGAGAAACACUCAUGUGCACACCCAGCCACACGGGCGUGCACACACAGCCCCGGGACGCCGGGACCGCAGGCAUUGUGUCUACAGUCGCGCACAGUGGUUCUUGCAAACCUCCUGUUUAGAAACCCCGACCUGGUGAAUUGUGGGGUGACUCCAAGCGCCUCAGAACUUGUCACGGGCAGCCCACACUUACUAGCCUUGCUCAGCACGUCACGGGACAGGGUCUCUCCUGACGCAGUCUGCUCGCAGCUGUCCGCACAGGGCCAGGUGGCCUCCGAGGCUCCGGGCAUGCGGUGCGGGGCUGGGACUUCCCCCGGCCAGCUGCAGGGGUGCCGAGGGUCAGCACAGGCUCUGAGGCACUUGGGCCCCGUCCUUCCUCCCCUGAGGGGCUCUCGUUUUCUCUGACUCAGGUGACUUUUCAACCCGACCCACUCUUCUCUUUUGCUGUCCUCCCAGAGAGGGAGGGAGCGUCCCACCACCUUCUCAGGGCAGCCUCCAACUCCUGAAACCCUUCCUCCUUCCCUUCCACGUCCCCUCCCCAUUCAACCUAAAUGCCACAGCCUGGAGUGACCUAGUGUUCCUGCAGGGGAGGGGACCUCUGCCAUGUCUUCCUGCAGUGGGGCUGCCCUGGAUGGUGGGUCAGGCUGUGUAUAAGCCCAGCCAGCAAGGGGCUGUGGCUGCCGGAGGAGGGGCUCUUGUCUGCACC